AUGAACUCUGGGGUGCCCUCCAUGCCCAUGGGCAGUCCAGUGGGCCCCAAUGAUGGCGUUUCUGCAGUGCCAAAUGACUCGAAUCUUACCCCGAACCAGCUUACCGCCUUGCGCUAUCAAAUUUUGGCCUAUAAGCUUAUAUCCAAGAACGUCCCCCUCCCGCCUCACUUGCAGCAAGCCGUGCUGUCUUCGUUAAACGAUCCAUCACAACAGCAACAGCUCCAGCAAGACGUUGGCGCCUUAUCACGCUCCACCACCGGUGUCGCAUUAACUCCCACUGCCGAUAGCAGCGUGCCAACAACACCCGCCUCACCAGCUACUGUUCCUGGCGCAAACACCCCACAACCGAAGCUGACCGAAGCACCCACAGAUCCAACAGAUCCGCAAUACAAUGCUUACGCUUCGCCUUACAACUUGCUCAAGAAACCAAUCUCGUCUUAUGCUCAUGCAUCACGACAGCAACGAUUGCUCAUUCCUAGCAUCACUCCUACCGGCAUGGAUCCACACAGCAUGAUCACUGAACGCGAACGACGGAUCCGCACCCGCAUCCAGUACCGCAUUGCCGAAUUGGAAAAGAUGCCGAGCAACUUGUCGAUGAAUCUGCCAAACACGCUUGCCGUGGGCAGAAACGCCAAGGACAAUGCACCUAGCACAAAGCUAAAGGCAGUCAUCGAACUGAAGGCGUUGCGCUUACUUAAUCGACAAAAACGAUUACGUCAAGAGAUCACUGGAGGCAUGAUCCGCUCCACAACACUCGCCACAUCAGCCGAUCGUCUAUCCUACCGUCGCAUGAAGAAACAGUCCUUGCGUGAAGCACGAAUGACCGAGAAAGUCGAACGUCAACAGCGUCUCGACCGCGAUCGGCGCGAAAAGCAAAAGCAACUCGAUUAUCUGCAAACCAUCUGCGACCAUGGCCGGAACCUGGUUGCUGCGCACAAGGGAUGGCAGGCCAAGCAAUCCAAGCUGGGUCGUGCUGUUAUUCAAUUCCAUCAACACGUCGAAAAGGAAGAACAAAAGAAGGCCGAGCGUUUGUCCAAGGAGCGUAUCCGUGCUUUGAAGGCAGAUGAUGAAGAGGCGUACAUGAAGCUGAUUGAUGAGGCCAAGGAUACUCGCUUGACCCAACUUUUGCGUCAAACCGGCAUGUUUUUGGAAUCCCUCACUCGAUCUGUUGCCGACCAGCAAGCCGAUGCCGCCUACUUUAACGAAAUACCGGCUCAACAACCUGAGGAUGAUAAUGAUGCUGAUGCUAAGCAGCAAGCCGACUAUUUCCAAGUCACUCACCGUAUCAAAGAAGAGGUGUGCCAGCCAUCCAUCCUUGUCGGUGGUACACUGAAAGAAUAUCAGCUCAAGGGCUUACAAUGGAUGGUAUCGCUAUACAACAACCACCUCAACGGCAUUCUUGCAGACGAAAUGGGUCUUGGUAAAACCAUCCAGACAAUCAGUUUAAUCACAUACCUGAUCGAAAAGAAACGCCAGAAUGGCCCUUACCUCAUCAUCGUGCCAUUAUCAACAUUGACUAACUGGGCUUUGGAAUUCGACAAAUGGGCACCUGCAAUCAAGAUUAUCGUAUACAAAGGACAUCCAACUGCACGAAAAGUGCUACAAGCGGAUAUUAGACAGGGCGACUUCCAGGUUCUGCUUACCACUUUCGAAUAUAUUAUCAAGGAUCGCCCCUUGCUGAGCAAAGUCCGCUGGCUCCACAUGAUCAUUGAUGAAGGACAUCGUAUGAAGAACGCCAAUUCUAAGCUUGUCCAAGUAUUGCGCCAAUAUUACCACACUCGAUAUCGACUGAUUUUGACGGGCACGCCUUUACAGAACAAUUUGCCAGAAUUAUGGGCGUUACUGAACUUUGUCUUGCCCAAGAUUUUCAAGAGCGUCAAGAGUUUCGAAGAGUGGUUCAAUACACCUUUCAACAACCAAGGCGUGUCAGACAAGGUUGGUCUGAACGAAGAAGAGCAACUUUUGAUUAUCAAGCGUCUGCAUAAAGUUCUGCGUCCAUUCUUGCUCCGACGUUUGAAGAAAGAUGUCGAAUCCGAAUUACCUGACAAGGUAGAGCGUGUCAUCAAGUGCAAGUUCUCUGCCCUCCAGCUCAAGCUUUACUCGCAAAUGAAAAAAAGCGGUAUUCUGUACACUUCUUCUGGCGAAAAGGGUCGUACUGGUAUCAAGGGCUUGAACAACACGAUUAUGCAGCUUCGAAAAAUUUGUAACCAUCCCUUCGUUUUUGAAGAGGUUGAAAAUACAAUCAACCCCUUGCGACAAUCGAAUGAAGUCUUGUAUCGCACUGCGGGCAAGUUUGAAUUACUGGACCGUAUGCUUCCAAAACUCAAGAAAACUGGCCAUAGGGUGCUUAUCUUCUUCCAAAUGACACAAAUUAUGACGAUCAUGGAAGACUUUUUGAACUAUCGUGGCUUCCAAUAUCUUCGACUCGAUGGUUCCACAAAGUCUGAUGAUCGAUCUGAUUUGCUCAAACGAUUCAACUCUCCUGAUUCCCCUUACUUUGUAUUUUUACUGAGUACUCGUGCUGGUGGUCUUGGUCUGAACUUGCAGGCUGCUGAUACUGUUAUUAUCUUUGAUUCUGACUGGAACCCGCAUCAAGAUCUUCAAGCUCAGGAUCGUGCACAUCGUAUCGGUCAAACCAAAGAAGUCCGUAUUUUCCGUCUGAUCUCUGCCAACUCAAUCGAAGAGAACAUCUUAGCUAGAGCCAACUACAAGCUGGAUAUUGAUGGCAAGGUCAUUCAGGCCGGUAAAUUCGAUAAUCGAAGUACAGAAGAAGAUCGUGAAGCAUUCCUGCGUUCUUUGCUCGAAGACAAAAGCAACGAACAAGAUGAGGAAGAAGAUGACGACAUUGAUGACGAGGAACUCAACGCGAUGCUACAACGCUCGGAUCAAGAACUAGUUACAUUUAACCAGCUGGAUAGCGAACGUCGCCGUGAAGAAAACGAGAUGCGAAGACGCGUGGGCAACCGCAACAAGAAAUACGAGCGUCUAAUGCAAGAAGACGAAUUACCAGAUAUUUAUCGAUACGAAGAGCUGCCAGAAGAUCAAAUGGCUUCCGAGCUUGAGUACGGUCGUGGUCAACGUUCAAGAGAUGCUAUUCAUUAUGAUGAUGGUUUGACUGAAGAACAAUGGCUUAAUGCACUUGAAGACGACGAUGUGGAUCUAGACGAGCUGAUUGCUAAGAAAGCUGCACGACGACAAAAGCGCUUGGAGAAACAAGCAGCUCUUGAACGUGGUGAGGAAGAUGUAGCCAGUGAUUCCGGUGGACGUCGUAAACGCCGUGGUACAGCCUCAGCUGCCGAAGAUGAAGGAAACGCAAAGAAACGAGGUCGUCCAAAGAAACUAGAUGAGAUCAUUCCUGAACGGCGGAAGAAGCAAAGGCCUUCAGCUACUGGAGUAGAAGAGACCCUUGAACCCCACGUACGACAAGAAGUGACACGCGUUUUUGAAGGAUGUUACAAGGCAGUUGAAGAUUCAGUAGAAGAAGAUGAGGAUGGCACGGUCCGCGAACGAUGUGAACUGUUUAUGGAUUUGGUCAGCAAAAGAGAUUAUCCUUUAUACUACAAGCUGAUCAAGCGACCCAUAUCCAUGAACAUGAUCAAAAAACGUAUUCGCUCCCCUUACUACAAGACUAUAUAUCAGUUCCGCGAUGACUUUAAACUGAUGUUUGACAACGCGCGAACGUUUAAUGAAGAAGGCUCUAUUGUGUAUGAAGAUGCGAAUGAAUUGGAGAAAAUCUUUAACGAAAAAUUUGAGCAGCUUUGCUUAAAUGGCGGUGCACAAGGCUUACCAAGAGACGCAGAUGCUCCAGGCGUGAAUGGACAUCGAUAA